GACCCAACACACAACAAAUUUGGUUUCUCUCUUUCUCUUUCUAACAACCAAAGCUCAUAUUUUUCAAGCCUAGCUUGAAGAUGGCAAUUGAUUGUGAAAGUAGAAGAUAUGCUGUGCUGCAAGCAGUGCAUGAUUCUGAGUAUGUAGAGAAAGUGUACGGUGGGUACUACAACGUCUACGUAGAAGCCUUUGGGGAAGAGGGAGAUGUGUGGGAUUUGUUCAGAGUGUAUGAGGGGGAUUUUCCUGAAUUGAAUGAUCUGCAUAAAUAUGAUGGGUUUGUGAUCACUGGUAGCCCCAGUGAUGCUUAUGGAAAUGAUUACUGGAUCCUUAAACUUUGUUUCAUUUUGCGAAUCAUUGUUGCAAUGGAGAAGAAGCUCCUUGGCAUUUGCUUUGGCCACCAGGUACUGUGCAGGGCUUUGGGUGGAAGGGUAGGGAAAUCGAAGACAGGGUGGGAUAUUGGGUUUAGAGAAGUGCAUUUCAUGAAAGAUGUAGGUGGAUGUUAUAGGUACCUAGAUCAUCAUGAAAUGUCAUCAUUCCUUUCGAUCAUAGAAGUGCACCAAGAUGAGGUUUAUGAGGUUCCUGAGGGUGCAGAUGUGAUUGCAUCUUCAGACAAAACUCGGGUGGAAAUGUUUGCAAUUGCAGACAACAUUCUCGGAAUUCAGGGUCAUCCUGAGUACACCAUAGAUAUAUUGUUUAAUCUCAUUGAUCGCCUUCUCCAAAUGGAUGUCAUACAGAAAGGAUUGGCAGAAGAUUUGAAGUGUCGGCUUGAGUCUGCUGAGGCAGACCAGGAGUGCUGGAAAAUGAUUUGUAGGAGCUUUCUCAAGGGAAAAUAGACCUCCUUGCACUUCUUCCUAUGCACUAACGUUUAAGACCUUAGUAAAAAUAAAUAAAAACAAACAUAUAUUUACUUUUCAUUGUAGUGGUUUUAUCGA